GUCAAAACAGGUUGAACUGAACUGAAAUCAGCUCAUUUUUAGCUCUGUGUUGUGCCAUUAGCGUUCAGACCCAUGGUUCAGACACACAGACCAAUAAACUCUCUUCUGAUUGGCUCUUGUGUGCCGACGUCAUGACGUUGGUCAUAAUUGGGAGGAAGCGGGAAUCCCAUCGCCACCACCAGGCUGCGGCUAGUGCGGAACAGUACCACGUUGGUUCGGCCUCGUUUUGAAAAGUGGAAUAAAACGGCAAAGGUCCAGCUCUCAAGGCAUGGCUGACAAAGAAAUCUGGCAGAAGAUCGGAGAAGACUUUGUGCAAGCAUACUAUCAACAGUUUGACAACUCUGAUAGAAGUACUCUAGGUAUGCUAUAUUCUGAUGGUGCUUGUUUGACAUGGGAAGGACAGCCAUUUCAUGGACGUGCCGCUAUAUCUGGGAAACUAGGAAGCCUUCCUUUUAAGCGGAUUAAGCAUGUCAUCACUGAACAAGACUUUCAACCCACAAUAGACAGUUGUAUUCUCAUCAUGGUGUUUGGACAGUUACAAGCAGAUGACGAUCCUCCUAUGGGAUUUCACCAAGUGUUCAUGUUGAAGUCAGCGCCAAAUGGUGCAUGGGCAUGCACAAACGAUGUAUUCCGUUUGGGAAUACAUAACAUUCCUGUUUAGAUGUUAAUAGUCCAAUUUUCACAAAAUAAAUUUUAAAAGUCUGGUAUUCUUCUUGUUAAAUGACAUUAAACAAAAAUAAUGUUGCCA